AUGUUCUACUGUAACAAGAAACAAAUUGUAAACAAAACACAGCCUCUACAGUGCACUGACGGAACCAACAAUAAAAUUGACUUCUGGCUAAGGAUGAGAAAUCUACUAGGGGAGGCUCUUAAAACAACUGACUGGGUGGGAUACAGGGAAUCCCUCAGGGAUGAAGUUGAAGAUAAGGUGACCCAACUCAUGACCAUUGACGGCCUUGACAUGAAGGCAGAACUGAUAAGCAGGUCAAUGCUAAAAGCCUACGAGGAAUACUGUACUCUCAAAACCAAAAGGACAACCAGAAACGUGCCCUGGUGGAACGAGAGGCUAAGCAAGAUGAGAUGUAAACUCCGGAAACUCUUUAACACCACAAAAAGAACGAGGGAUUGGGCUAACUACUCAAGAGCCCUAAUGGAGUACAACUCAGAGACAAGGAAAAGUAAAAGGAAGACCUGGAUGCAGUUCUGUGAGGGGAUUCAAAACCUACCAGAAUCAGCCAGACUGCAAAAAGCCCUUCAGAGAGAUGUGCCUAAUCCUCUUGGUACAUUAAUACGGGAGGAUGGGAGUCACACAACAGGCAUGGAGGAGACUCUUGAAGUCCUCAUGAACACCCACUUCCGAGGGAACACCCCAUUAGGCAAUUCAACAGGACAACACUUGAUAUCCUGGAAUAGGAAAUCGCCUAGGGAAAUUGCAAUGGCGAGAAGAUUCUCAAGUAAGCUGUUCAAGCCGGAGGUCGUUAAGUGGGCUGUCGAAUCUUUUAGCCCUUUCAAGUCCCCAGGCGGGGACGGAAUAUUCCCAGCUCUCAUCCAAGAAGGACUAGAGGUCCUUAUAAAUCAUAUGAUAGCUUUGUUCAGAGGCAGCUUUGCCCUAGGAUACAUCCAAAUCUGUUGGAGGAAUUCAAGGGUGGGUUUUCUCCUGAAAAAGGUAGAGACCAGGCCCAGCCUAAGUCCUACAGGCCAAUCUGCCUGUCGUCUUUCAUGUUAA